UAGGGCAGACAGCGUCUUCCUGCUCUAAAUAAAAAGGAUGUUAAACUUUAUCACGUUUUCAUCAUCAUGCGUGUCUUCCGAGUGCGUGUGCGAGUGCGUGUGUGUGUGUGCGUAUAUUUAAAACAAUGCUGUGGUUGUUCACUAUGUGCGUCAACGGAAUCCCGGAGUGCGUCGUUGUAAACCCAUUCUCCGGAAGACUCGCUGUGAUUGGUCACAGCUACGACGUCUCCCGCCCACCGCCCUGCCUUGUAUGGAAAGCUGUCUCUGACGUCAUGGAUACGCCCGAGCCUGCUAUAAAGAAGUGUAAGAGCCACCAAAGGGACUACCCUUUAGCUGGGAGAUACAGAUGAUGAGAGAGCGCUGCUGAAGAGCGACCUGUUUCUAGCCUUUCUACACAGUUUUGUAGCCAUGACCUGCAUACACCCCCAGCACGAAUCUCGGCCCUACAAUAACAACCUGGUCAGCUCGGAGCCUCAAAGCCCAGACUUGAUCUCAAGGCUGGACCACCUCUCUGCCCCGUCCCUGCCCAGCAUCAGCUCCAUGGCGGCCGCUCAAUCAAGCACCUUUGACAGCUACUCGUGCCAGUUCACCGCAACGCCGGCCCAUCUCACUCCAGGCCAGGAGAGCCCAUUCAAGCUGGAUGACCUCCAGGUUUACGGUUGUUACCCCGGUGCGUUCAAGUUCACUUACCCAGACGAGGCCCUCUCCCCUUGUGGGUCUGAUUAUUUUGGCAGCUCAGCGUCAGUUUCGACUCCUUCUACCCCCAAUUUGCAAAGUCAUCCCGCGCCCACCUGGAACCUAUCCUGUGGGGCGUAUUCACCCGGUGCAGGGUACUGGGCAGCUGAGGAUAUCGCAGCAGUACCACAUGUGCCAUCUUUCAUCACAUUUGGUUCGGGGACUGUGGAGGAGUUGUCUCCUUUGGGGCAACCCCACCUGCGAGAGCAUGAUGCUUUCACUGACGCAGCAUCGCUCACCUUUCCCAACCUCGCCACAGACGCAUGCGGCCAUGAUGCCGCCGAUCACCUGGACGGGAGUUUGCCACUGAAAUUAAAAAGCCUACGAGGGAAUGAGGGCUGUUGCGCCGUUUGCGGGGACAGUGCCUCGUGCCAGCACUAUGGGGUUCGAACCUGUGAGGGAUGCAAAGGCUUUUUUAAGCGGACAGUACAGAAGAAUUCCAAGUAUGUUUGCCUGGCCAAUAAGAACUGUCCUGUGGACAAGAGGAGGAGGAAUCGCUGCCAGUUUUGUCGCUUCCAGAAAUGUCUCGCUGUAGGGAUGGUGAAGGAAGUUGUGAGGAAAGACAGCCUCAAAGGUCGAAGAGGUCGUCUGCCCUCCAAGCCUAAAGUUGUUGUUGCCCACACAGUGUCGCCAGUGAGCAUGAUCGCAUCUCUUGUUAGAGCUCACAUCGACUCAAAUCCCAAUGACGGACAAGUGGAUUAUUCCGAGUAUGAUGAAAUAGACGUCUGCGCCAAUCAGAAAGAGGACGCCAGUGAUGUCAAACAGGUCUACGACUUGCUCAUGGCCUCUUUGGAGGUCAUCAGAAAGUGGGCGAAGUGUAUCCCGGGUUUCUGUGAGUUCUCCUCAAAAGAUCAAGAACUGCUUUUGGAGUCUGCGUUUGUUGAACUCUUCAUCCUGCGUCUCGCUUAUCGGUCAAACCCUGAAACGAACAAGCUAGUCUUCUGUAACGGUAAAGUCCUUCACAAGACCCAGUGUGUCAAAGGAUUUGGGGACUGGAUUGAUUCAAUCAUGGAGUUUUCUCAAAAUCUCCAUCGCAUGAAGCUGGAUGUCUCCUCCUUCUCCUGCCUCACAGCGUUGGUCAUUAUUACGGACCGACAUGGUCUCCAGGAGCCAAAGCGAGUGGAAGACUUGCAGAAUCAGCUCAUCACCAGCCUGAAAGACCACGUGUCGGGCUGCCCCUUCUCCCGUCCGAACUAUUUGUCCAGAUUGCUUGGGAAGCUGCCCGAGUUAAGGACACUGUGCACUCAAGGCCUCCAACGCAUCUUCUACCUUAAAUUAGAAGAUCUGGUCCCACCGCCUCCAAUUGUGGAGAAAAUAUUCAUGGACUCACUUCCGUUUUGAGUGCCAUGGUGUGAGACAGCACAUGGAUCCGGGGUCAAAGAGGGCUAUUUCUUCAUCCAGUCCAGUACUGUACAUGUGGGAGAAUAAAGCAACGAACGGACCAAAGUCGUGACUGUUUACAUACGAGGUGCCAUGAAUGGUAUCAGCUGUGAUGGAGGGAAGAUGGACGCAUUGUUCAAACUCUCACAAACUAAAAUGUGCUGUCUUUUCACAGUUUACUAUAGUUGUUUUGGGACAAUUACACAUAAACAUGCCCAAUCAUUAUUGUGCCUUUACUUAAUAAUAAUGUCAUAGAACCACUGGCUGUUGUUUGAUGUCGUUUCCUUUCCUUAAAUCAUGGGUAUUUUAAAUGGGUGUGUGGUCUCCACCAAAAUAAUCAGUACCGUUCAUGUAUCAUGAAUAGCUUUGGAGCAGCUACCAUACUGUGUGUCUUAUACACUGGCUUGUUAAGUUUGUGUUACCGCAGAAUUGUAUUUUUACUUACGCUGUUUUCUCUGCAC